AAAAUUUUCAAACGUUCACCAGUCGUUUUUAAUUUUUGACAAUGUCAUUUCAAAAUUUUCAAGUGGAAACGCUCCAAUUUCUGGACAAAAACCAAUCGAAAAUUUCUAGUUCAAAUCCAAAAAUGACCCAAGACGUGCAACCCGGAAUGGAAGCAACAUCUUCUAAAGCAAUGAAUAUUGCGGAUAAAAUAAUUUCAGGCUCUAACAAACCAAAUGAAAAAAGAGAAUCUUGUUCAAGGAAUCUUUGUGGCGGUAGAAAAAGGAAGUUGCCCAAAAGUGCCUCCCAGGAGCCACCCAACAACAAACGAAGACGAAUAUGUAAUUGUACAAGAAACAUACAUUCAAGAAAAUGUAUGACGAAGAAAAAAGAAUCCAGUAAACCUUUCGACUAUUUAGCACAGUUUGGAAAGAAUUUCUGCUGUGCUUCCCUGAAAAACCGCACCGGCUUAAGGCCCAUAUACAUCGACGGUACCAAUGUCGCCUUCAGCCAUGGCCAAAACGAACGGUUUUCAGUCAAAGGCCUAAAAAUUUGUAUAGAUUAUUUCUUAAAAAGAGGCCAUGACGUCAGAGCCUUUAUUCCUAACUUUCGCUUGAGAAGAAACCAAAGCAGCGACCAAAAACUACUUCACAGAUUGGUAAAGCAAAGACACGUCAUCGUUACUCCAACGUUGUACAUCAAAAACAAACAAAGAAGUCCUUACGAUAAUUGGUACAUUGUACAAUCGGCUGCGGCCAACGGAGGCAUUAUCGUGUCCUCGGAUAAUUUCCAGGACAUUAAGGAAUGGAAUCCAAAUUUGAGAGAGGUGGCAGAAGAACGCAGACUGGUACCUACUUUCGUGGAUGACAUGCUGAUUUUUCCGAUGGAUCCUCAGGGGAAUAGGCGGAAUAAUUUGGAACAAUUUUUGAAGUUCUAAAUUUUUCUUUUUACCAUUAGACUGUGGAGUUUUAUAUUAUUUGUGAUUUUCAUUAAUUACGCAAUACUUUUUUUCGAAUGACUCAUUCAAAGGUGAAUGUACAUUUUUAGGCGAGCAAACAUGAAAUUGUAUAACUAAGAGAAACUUUAUAUAUUAUACUUCCACUCUUUGUAGUUUUACAAAUAAAAUUUAUAAUAAAAUAUCAAAUACC